CACUCAGAGAUCUCCCUUUUUUCAUUUUCUGUAGCACUUUAUACAUGUCUCUUUGGCACCCCUUGCCAUAUUGGUUUACAGCAUUGUGUUUACAUGUCUCUUUUCCCAGUUAAGUUGUGAACUUUUUCUGAGUGGGGCCUCUUUUCAUUUCCACAGUGCCAGCACAGGACCUGAUGUCAAAUUAAGUUUGUGGAAUUGGGUUGAAAGGCUGGAGUGUGUGGAUUGAGUCUCUUCUCCAACCUCAGUGUUACUUUAUUCAAGCUUAAUUAAUGAUCUGUUCUAGUCACUUAUGAUAUUGUCCUCUGUUGUGGUCUGGUACAUGCUCAGAUUUGUCCAUGUUUUCCUCUUAUGUGGCUACCGCAUCCUUUAACCCUUGUCAUCAUACUUCUGCUGCCAUAAUGUCAGUGAGCCUUGCAGAUAGGUUACUCUCCUGCCUCCAUUUACAUUAAUCUUCAUUGUGGCACAGAUGUUAUUUAUGAUAAUUAUGUUCUGUGAACUCUCUGACAACACUAAAUUAUUGAAUAAGGAACCGUUCUCUCUGGGGGGAGGUACACAGUUGAGUUCAUGCAAGCCUCUGGUUACAAUGAUUUCAUCAGUUGAUCAUUAUAUAAUCUUGUUUUAUGUGUGUUUUGGCCUAAAGAUACCUUAUUUAAUAUGUAUAGUUGAUGCAUUAACCUUGAACUUAAAACCAGUAGCCAUGUAAUUCAUGCCUAAGGUCAGUAAAUACAGGUAUUUUCUUUGUAAGGCACAUUACUUCUUCCACUUGGGGACACUAAUGAGUGCUUUAGCAUUGUUCUUAGGGAUCAUUUUAAACAACAAAACCAGCAACAAAAAUGCAGAAAACAUGGCUCUCAAUAGAUUAUGAAAAGGAUAUUUGUGUACAAGGAUGAGAGCAGAGUGCUCCACCUCCGCUGGAAGUAUGUGCAUCAGGUGGUUCUGGUGUUUUGCCAGUGCACAUAUUUGCAAAUGACUGUGAAAGCACCUAGAGUAUUAAUUUUGGGGGUACAGAUUAGAGAGUAGAUCUGCAAACAGAAUCCAUGAAUAACAAGGAUAGGUUAUGCCCAUCUCGUGUCUCAAAUUUGUGAGCCAUUAUGAAAUUCCAUGACAUAAUUCUUGUUGGCAUAAUUCUUCUCUUAGGCAUUUUUAGCUUUCAGCUCUCUCAUUUUUACCAGCUCAGUUACCACUUGAUUCAUUUCUCAUUUUCCAAAAACUUGUUGACAUCUUUGAUUUCAUGUGUAAUUGUCUCUGCUCCCAUUUGUUUUGUUCUGUGGCUCUAUACCUUUCCUAUAAUUUUUGUGGGUUUUCCUGAGAGAAUACAGAUAACUGUAUAUGUUUAAUCAAUAAAUUCUUAACCAGAAUUUAAUUUCACACACAUCUUUAGGCAGAUGUGACACAUAUAAUAGGGGUUUAUUAAGUACUGGUUGAACAAACUAAAGAAGUGCUAUUUUAUGCAUAAGUUUAGCUAUGCUAGAUAAUACUUUACAGUGGGGUUUUUAAUAUGUCAUAAUCUACUAGGUAAGAGACUACCUCUCUUCUUAUUUUUGCUAAACUCUUUUAUUUAGUGGAACAUUGCCUGAGGAAGGUAGGGAAUGGGUUUAAAGUAAAACAUGAGGUUGGAAAACAUAUCAUGUUUUAAAACUUCCAUUUCUGAGGUGCCUGGGCGGCUGCGUUGAUUGGGUGUCUGACUGUUGGUUUCAUGAUCUCAGGGUCCUGGGAUCAAGUCCUAUGUUUCUGGCUUGGAGCUCAGAAAGGAUUCUCCUUGUCCCUCCCCCUCCUUUUGCUCCUCCUCCCCACUCACACACAUUCUCUCGCUCUCAAAUAAAUAAAAAUCUAAAGAUAAAAUCUUAUGUUUCUUUCUCUUUGCAUCAUAAUCUUUUCCUUAGUCUAUGUCCUUUAUGAUUUUGUUCAUUGCAAAAGAACGUAGAACUAUAGUGCUCACAGGAACCCCAGAGAUCAUGUAACUUAAACUUUCAAUUUGUAGGAAACUGCAGAUCAGGCUGCCUUGGCUCAUUUCUUGGCUCUACUACUAACUUUGGACAAGUUUCUCAAUUGUUUGGACCUCAGUUUCCUCCUCUGUAAAAUGGGAAUAAAAAUAUUAUCAAUGUUUUAGGAAUGUUGGAAAAUCCAAGGAGGUAAAGUUUUUAGUACUGUGCCUGACACACCAUAAGAACUCCACAUAUUAUUAAUCAUUAUUGUCAUAAUAAACUGCUAAAUAGGAAUCUUAGGUGGCUUAGUUUGGGCUUUAGACAUAAAAAAGAAUUAUAAAGAAUUAUAAAUCUCUUUUCUGAGCUCCUAUUAUUUUCUUCCCUUCAUCUCUCUCUUCGUUUAAAGCCAAUCACAUGAUUACAUAUUUCUCUUUUUCAGUUAAAGAUAUUCUCAGCAUUUCACCCAUUACAACAUUUGUAAGGACUUCCUGAAUAGAAAAUUUCAAAUUUAGUAGUUCCUUUUAAUUGUUUAUGACACUUUCAGAUGGCAUUUUUCCUGUAAAGUUGAGUAAUCUCACAGAAGCAGAUUUUUUUUUCCAGUUACAAUAAUGCAUCUCACUUCCCAGCAUAAAUGGGUUAAGUGCCACCCGUCUUGGGUUUUGCUUAAAAGCAAAGAGAAAGCUUCCAGACAACCAGAGAGGAAAUACACAUCUCUAGAUAAAUUCCAAAUUCCCUCUCUGUCCUGACUUGUGCUGUAGGGAACAGAGCACCUUUGAUGGGGAUCCUUUGAACCAGCAGGACAUCUGGACACCACAGGGAGUUCUCUUCUCAGCCUUCCUGCAUUAACUUGGGGAUGAUGUGGGCCAAGGUACUAUGGAUGCUCCUUCUACUCUGUAAACUCAGCCUGGCAGUUCUGCCAGCUAAGCCUGAGAACAUUUCCUGUAUCUUCUACUAUGAGGAAAAUUUUACUUGCACCUGGAGUCCAGAGAAAGAAGCCAGUUAUACAUGGUACAAAGUGAAGAGAACUUACUCUUAUGGAUAUAAAAGUGAUAUUUGCUCAACUGAUAAUUCUACAAGGGGAAAUCAUGCUUCUUGCUCCUUUCUUCCUCCAACAAUAACAAACCCAGAUAAUUACACCAUUCAAGUAGAAGCUCAAAAUGCAGAUGGUAUAAUGAAAUCUGAUAUAACAUAUUGGAACUUAGAUGCCAUAAUGAAAAUUGAACCACCUGAGAUUUUCAGUGUGAAAUCAGUUUUGGGCAUCAAACGAAUGCUUCAAAUAAAAUGGAUAAGGCCUGUGUUGGCUCCUCAUUCAUCUACUUUAAAAUACACUCUUCGAUUCAGAACAAUAAAUAGUGCCUACUGGAUGGAAGUCAACUUCACCAAAGAAGAUAUUGAUAGAGAUGAGACCUACAACCUCACAGAGCUACAGGCUUUUACAGAGUACGUCAUGACUCUGCGAUGUGCCCCGGCGGAGUCUAUGUUCUGGAGUGGCUGGAGCCAAGAGAAAGUGGGAACAACUGAGGAAGAAGCUCCAUAUGGCCUGGAUCUGUGGAGAGUCCUGAAGCCAGCCAUGGUUGAUGGAAGAAGGCCAGUGCAGUUGAUGUGGAAGAAAGCAACUGGAGCCCCAGUCCUGGAGAAGGCACUUGGCUACAACAUAUGGUACUUUCCAGAAAACAACACUAAUCUCACAGAGACAGUGAACACCACUAACCAGACACAUGAACUGUAUCUGGGAGGCAAGACCUAUUGGGUGUAUGUGGUUUCUUAUAAUUCUCUUGGAGAAUCUCCGGUGGCUACCCUGAGGAUUCCAGCUCUUAAUGAAAAGACAUUUCAGUGCAUUGAGGCCAUGCAGGCCUGCCUCACUCAGGACCAGCUGGUGGUGGAAUGGCAAAGCUCUGCUCCAGAGGUGGACACAUGGAUGGUUGAGUGGUUCCCAGAUGUGGACUCAGAGCCCUCCAGUUUUUCCUGGGAAUCUGUGUCUCAGGCCAGGAACUGGACAAUCCAGAAAGAUGAAUUAAAACCCUUAUGGUGCUAUAACAUCUCUGUGUAUCCAGUGUUGCGAGACCGAGUGGGUCAGCCAUAUUCCACCCAGGCUUACGUCCAAGAAGGCAUUCCAUCAGCAGGUCCUGUGACCCAGGCAGACAGCAUUGGUGUGAAGACAGUCACAAUCACAUGGAAAGAGAUUCCCAAGAGUAAGAGAAAUGGUUUUAUCAAAAACUACACCAUAUUUUACCAAGCUGAAGAUGGAAAGGAAUUUUCCAAGACAGUCAAUUCCAACAUCCUGCAGUACAGACUGGAGUCCCUGACACGAAGAACCUCUUAUAGUCUCCAAGUCAUGGCCAGCACCAAUGCUGGGGGAACUAAUGGCACCAAGAUAAACUUCAAGACAUUAUCCAUUAGUGUCCUUGAGAUUUUCUUCAUAACUUCUUUGGUUGGAGGUGGCUUUCUCAUUCUCAUCAUGUUGACAGUGGCAUAUGGUCUCAAAAAACCCAACAAAUUGAAGCACUUAUGCUGGCCUGAUGUCCCCAACCCUGCUGAAAGCAGUAUAGCCACAUGGCGUGGAGAUGAUUUCAAGGAUAAGCUAAAUCUGAAGGAGUCUGAUGACCCUGUGAACAUGGAAGAAGAUCAGGUUCUAAAACCAUACUCUGCCCCCACUGACUUUAUUGACAAGUUGGUGGUGAACUUUGAGAAUUUUUUGGAAGAGGUUUCCACAGAGGAACUUGGAAAGAGUCAGGAAAACAUUUUGAAAGAGGAAAAGAAUAAGCAUGUGACUUCUCCAUAUUGCCUUCAUCAUCCUCCCAUUUCAACCGAGAUUCCACAGAGAAAACCCCAGCAGCUGUGUUCUAGAAUACCAGAGGGGACCUGCUCAGAAACCAAAGAGCAACUUUUCUCUUCUGUUCAGAGUUUAGGGCCAGACCAUCUCUGUGAGGAAGGAGAACCAAAUCCAUACUUGAAAAAUUCAGUGACAACCAGAGAAUUUGUCUGUCUGAAAAACUUCAAGACCAAGCCUAAAGAGAAGUUUAGUGUUGCUGUGGCUUGAAUCUCUAUGGGUCUCAGUGUGGGUGACUCUUGCAGAGAGAAUGUAUCAUGACUUGCCAGAAGAGCUUCUUUGGCUGUCUCCCCACCCUUGCUUGUGUUAGAGAAACUCUCACAUACCCCCAAGGGGCUUCUUGAGCUUGGUUGGCACAGACAUGUAACUUGCCUGAGAAGGGGUGAUGAUAUGUCUGAGCACGUUGCCCAGGAAAAAGCAGUUUAUUUUUUUCAAUUUCACCCUGAGGCCUCUGAAACUGACUUUAAGGAACAGUGGGGCUUCUAAGAUGGAUAUAUCUGGCCUUCCCUAGGAAUGAGGUCAUUGUCACAGCUUUUGCUGGAGCUACUCCUCAGAGUUCCAGCAGACUUUCCCAGUUGUAAGAGGACAGAGGUCUGGUAGGAAGUGAGAGUCUCUCCUUAUACCUUGAUCUCCCCUGAGCUCUGGCCUCCACCUCCAAGGCAGCACUGAAAUCUCACUUUUGAGAUUUUGUUUGUCCCUCAAUAUAGAGGUAGGGGAAAUGGAGUGGCCUUUCCUGAUGGUGUGCCUGCCUGAGGUUUCUUAUUAACCUCAUAACAUCUCAAGUGUUCUGCAGCAGUACCUCCACUCAGGAUUCUUGCCAGUAGCUCACAGCACAUUGGCUGCUGGUUAAUCAAGGAAUGUGGGGAGGUCUCAGCAGGGCACUGGGGAGUAGACUCUAGGCUGGGCCAGAAGGUCCACCCCAAUCUUAACAUUGCCCAGCCCUGGAAACAAUUCCUGGAGGCCUUUGCUGCCACUUUCUCUUGCACCCAAGCCUGGGAGUAGGAAGGCACCAAACACUGCCUGCUUUUAGACAGCGACUCUGGGCCCUCACACUGGCUCGAGCCUGGGAAUGCUUCCUGAGCACAACCUUCAGGGCCUCUUCCCGGAACGACCUGAGUAGGGUGUGGAAACAUGCUGCUAAAAUUUUGCUGCUCCGUCACCAGGACUCCUCUCUCCUUUGCCUUGGCUGAACACAGAACUUAUGAUAGUCAAGGGAGCCUUUAGGCCAAGUGCUAAGGGCAGGCAGGAUUCAGUUGUCAAGACCUGGCAUCUUGACCCCAGUGGUGCCAGACGACUUCCUAGUGUGGGCUUUGAUUCAUCUGGUGGUUCAGGGAGGUGGCAAGAGCCUGGUGAGAUCGGGGGAGGCCAGGCAACAAGCGAGCAGCCAAGGGGCUGUGAAUCUGGCAUUUACCGGCCAGAAAGGCUGACGGUAUUUUUUUUUUAUAAGAGAGCAUAAGAAGUCAGUACUUAGGUAGCAGGCAUGCACUUCACAAGCCACCAGUUCAGAUGUGCAAAAAUAUCACUUUACUUUCCAGGAUGCUGGAAUUAUAACUGAAAUUAAUUUCUGGCCCAAGCCCUUGAUAUUUGGAAAUAACCAAUUUGGUGAUUUUUGAGUGGCUUUGGGUUUGAACUCAGUCACAUUCAGGAUUUUGACUCCCCUGUCCAACCUGGGGCUGAUUGUGAGUGCCACAGGGUUAUUCAGUGGGACCGCAGGGUUUUCUCUCCCGUUUGGUGUCUGCCUAACUCUGGUCUGGGGAUGUGCCUAUGCCCCCACCUGUUGGGUCACCUGCUGCUUUCCUCAGCCAAUUGCUGCAUCCUUACCCUGGGCACAAGCAGAUAGUGCUGUUCUCCAUGAGUUUUCUCCUCAUGAAAUCUCCAGUGUCUGCAGCACCCUUCCACACACUACGCUGCCCCCCACCUGGAACUCUUCACGCCUAGUGUACUGAACAGUGGCUGCUGAGAAGGCAAGGAGUGAGGGAGGCCUGGGGCAGGAGGCCUCACUGGGGAACCUGCCCCUUUGUACUGGGAGUAGAACAGAGCCAAACAAAAGGGAUACCCCAGAUCCAGCUGUGGUAGGCUCUCUCUGCUAUCUUCCCACCCUAUCUGUGGUGACUCAGGCACUUCUAUGGACCCCUGCCCUCCAGAGUUUCAGAUGGAGACCUUUCCACCUGUGCCUUUGGACUUGUGCACUUAUAGGGAGACGCUGGCCUUGUACCCCACAACUGUCCUCUUUCCCGUGGCCAUCUGCCCACUCCCACUGAGAGAUCUUCACAAAUUUUGUAGGGGCAAAGUGGAGGAGGAGGGGAGUGCCUGGAAUGAGUUCCCCUAAUCUUGUCUGUUUCACACCUAGAUGAGAUUUUUUUUUAAUGUUUGUUUAAAUUCAGUUUGCCAAUAUACAGUACAAUACCCAGUGUUUUGUUUUUUUUUUUCCAAGACUUUUAAAAUUUAUUAGAGCAAGUGAGCACAAGCAGGGGGAGCAGCAGAGGGAGAGGGAGAAGCAGGCUCUCUGCUGAGCAGGGAGCCCAAUGCGGGGCUUGAUCCCAGGACCCUGGGAUUAUGACCUGAACUGACGGGAGAUGCCCCUGGAUGAAGUUUUUUAACCUAAAACUCAAGAAUGAGAUGUCUGAGGAGAAAGGAGAGGCCCCAGAUGGCUCCUGUGAGUGGGUCUCAGAGACGAAGACAUUCCCCUCUGCUCCUCCUCCCUUAUUCAUUAAAGCCUGAAGUGUCUUCUGGUGGACAGUUGGCAUAUGCCACGCUCCUGGUCCUUCCUCUGCUUCAUGCCUCCCUCCCUUCUUGCCUCCUGUCUUUGGCUUUCCUGUCUCUCCCAGGAGCUGUUCAUAUUUUUAACAGUUACUCUUUCUUUCUUUCUUUUUUUAAAAUGCAUUUUAUUUAAAUUCAGUUUUUUCUUUCUUCUAUCUUCUCUUUUUUUCUUCCUUUUCCACUAGCCUCCUUUUAUCAUUUUUCAUACUGACUUUUGCUGUCUUGAGGGCUAGGGAAACGGGCUCUUUGUUGUGUUCUAGAUGGCCUGAGAUAGGUCAUGGGAGUCAGUGUUUCCUGCCAUAAGGGGAGCAGGAACCCCAAAAGCUUCUUCAGCAGGCCACACACUGCUCUCCAGAGCAGAUUCAUAGGACGCAGGCCUAAAAGCUACAAGGCCACAGUGGCCUUUCUUUCCUUGGAUUGAGUCACAAAUUGUCCCCACUCCCAGCCUCCUGGGCUGACUCUGGCCUGAAAAAGCCAUCUGCAUUUUCUCUGUUAUAUCAAAGAGACAGAACACAAGCAGGAAAACUUGUGUUUCAGUAAGGUCAUUAAAAACUGUUAACAUUCCCAAUGAAGUUUUCUGGGGCUCUGGGAAUCAUGUAAACCGCUAUGUCCGUGCCUUAUUAAUGGCUUUUCUAAUAAUGCCAGAAAAUGUUAAAAGAUUGGCAGAAAAGCCACUGUGUGGCUGGGGAAAAAAAAAAAAAAAGUGAUACUCUCAUUGUGGUUUUUCUGGAGGCAGCAAAAACCACACCCAGUACAGACACUAUGGGGCCGGGAGGUAGGUUUUGAAAAGAGACAGCAGAUGGGGAGAGGGAGUUGGGAACGGAGAGGCAUCUGGUGUGGGUCGCAAGAUGCCCACUGCUGUUCCUCCCUUGUGUGGAGGAAGCCUGUGCCCGGCUGCCCAGACACCCUGAGGGCUUUCUAGCACCCUCUCCUGGCACACCCCUAGUUGUUGCCUACUGUCUGCAGAUUGGCCCUCGGGCUAAAGCUGGGCCUUGUUUUUCUAAGGCCCAUGACCCAGAAAUGAUGUUGAUAUUUUUAAAGGCUGGAUAACAAAACCAAAGGAAAAAUAAUGUUUAAUGACAUGUGAAAAUUGUAUGGAAUUCUAAUUUCAGGGUCCAUAAAUAAAGUUUAAUUGGAAAAGAGCCAUGCCCAUCCUUUACGUAUCCUCCGUGUCAGCUUUCCUCCCACAAAGGCAGACCUGAGUUAGUUGUGAGAGAGAAUUUCUCCCACAAAGCCUAAAAUAUUCACCACCUGGCCCCGUACAGGUAAAGUUCGCUCACCGCUGGGUAGCCCACAGACAGGAGGCUCGGACCGCACAGUGUUGGCCCACAGAACGUUUUAACUUUGAAUUAGCUGCUAAUUAAACAAAAUGGUCAUGAUCAUUCUGGAUUUCUGAGCAGGGGCUGCUUCUGUAGGAAGGGCACACACUCUGCUCCCAGCCCAGGCUUCAUAACUGCCCACAGCUCAGGUGGAGAGUUGGUGGUUGCCUAUCACUCACCCCAGUGGUUCUUGAUACAGUUUAUUUGGUUUCCCUCCAACUCAAGGUAUUUGGCAAUGCCUUGAGGUAUUUUGGGGAGUGUGCUGCUGGCAUCUAGUGGGUAGGAGUGAGCAAUGCUGGUAGAGACCCUGCAAUGCACCAAAUAGCCUCCACAACAAAGAAUUAUCUGGCCCAAAACCUCAGUAGUGUUGAGAUUUAGAAAUCCAGGUGGAGCUACCUCUGCCCGCUUGCACGGGUGCUACUCAUUGUCCAUAGCUGAUCCCCUCCCCGCUUUUUGAAUUUAAAAUUUGUUUUGGACUCUCCUGUAACAAUACCACCAUCAACAACAAAAAUCUCUAAACACCAAUAAUUUGUAUCAUUUUUUUGUCCCUUCCUGAUAUGAUCUGUGUGUACUUAUAUACGUGUUCAUCUCACUGCGUGUUAUAUAUUGAUUCUAUUGUAUUUUACCUUUACUUUCACUUACUAUUUCAUGUUUAAAAUUUCACGCGGGAACAUAGUCCAUCAUGGUAGCAUUAUGAAUGGGCACUCAGGACUCCACGGUGUCCCUGCAUACUAUGGCUUGCUAAGGCCCCGUAUUUGAUAGGAUUGUUUUAAACAUCAUCUUUGUAUAGAGAGCAACUUCAGUAGAUGUUGUUCUUUGCACACUUCCCUUUCCUACCUUUGUCCUAAUUCCUCGGGGGCUCUUUCUUAAGGUAGAUUUACUGGAUCAAACUUUUAUAGUUGUUGUCACCUAUUGCAUAACUCUGUUCCCCAAGAAAGCUACAAUGGUUUGCAAUAUCGCCUGGGGUAUCUGGGGUAUCCUUUGACUUUGCUAUUGAUAAUCAACCAUUUACUGCUGUACACUGGAUUUUGUCAAUUUAUUGGAUAUGGUUAAUGACACUUCAUAGUUAUUUGUGUUAAGUCAUUGUGAAGACAAAGUUUUCCCGUGUGUAUUUUACAGUCUGCUUGUCCACCUGCUGACAUUACAGAAUGUUCUACCUCCAAGCCAUUGGGGCAUUGAGAGACCAGCUGAGCUGCUAGGCAUUUGAAGCCCUCAGCCAAACUUUACAACAAUGGGUUGACUUUGUCAUUUGGUUGACUACUUAAAAUAAUGUGGGUUUUGUAGGGCAUUCAAAAGGAAAUUUCACACUGAUGUGUUUCCUAUUAGUGACAAGGCCUAUUUGUAAUUGUAAUACGGGACAUUAUCUGUGUCUUGUGCUUUUGGGGGGUGGACCAAGUAUGACAAUGCCAUUAGCAGUUCUUGUCAUGUUGCAGCUUUUACUCAACGCUGGGGUCAGCGGGGAGCGAGUUUGCUCAGAAGCGCAAACUGCCCCAGUCCAUGUUGGUGAAAGCCUGGAGGUGCAUGGCCCUUGCUGCUGAGAAUGGUGUGAGAGAAGGCAAGGGGAGGAAGCCCACGAGAGUGCAAAGGCAGCAGUCACAAGCCUCAGAUGGUCAUUCAAGGGAAUCUAGGCGCACAUACUACCGAUUUCAUUUUUAGGAACGGGAUUCUCUGUUCUGCCCAACCUCACUGUGUGUGUGAGCUAAAAUGCCAGGAAAGUAGCCUGCGGCCUGGACUUUGAAAUAGAAGUCAAAAUGGGCGAAGCAGAAUGGACACGCAGAAUGUUCUGAAUGAUUGUAAUGCAGAAGGCCGGACCUGUGUGCCAAGAGGACCACUCUCUCUAGGCUCUGCAUGCUGUCUUUCCCACGUAUUGUUCAGAAAUCGAUACCGUAUGUAAUGCAUGUGUGUGACAGUUCGUCCUCCUAAGCAGAGUAUGAAAAGGGGGUGCUAUAAUUCGAAUAGCCUUUAAAAUCCUUUACGGUAAGCACAUCUGUAUUUCAAUCUUUCAGGCAAUAAAACUGUAAUAACAUUUUCAUGUAAA